GGAUCUCAGAAUUACGCGGUAUCUUUGAGCUGUUUACGAAGAUGUCAGCCGAUGCAGGAGCCACUAAUGUUGCCAAUGGAGGGACUCCUCAACCGCGACCACAGAACAAGCGCCUGCAACAAACACAAGCUCAGGUUGAUGAGGUAGUAGAUAUCAUGCGAGUAAACAUGGAGAAAGUUCUGGAGCGCGACGCCAAACUUAGCCAGUUGGAUGAUCGAGCAGAUGCUUUACAGGCAGGCGCUUCACAGUUCGAGGCCAGUGCUGGUAAAUUGAAGAACAAAUAUUGGUGGAAAAAUAUGAAGAUGAAUAUAAUCAUUGGUGCAGUUGUAUUGGUACUCAUAAUAGCACUAGGAUGGUAUAUAUUUGGCGGGAAGAAACAAGAAGCAGCUCCUGCACCAACAGCUUUACCUCCUCCAGUACAACACGCCGCACCAAGUUCUCAGAGUCAGAAACAGCCGUUGAAGCAUGAAGCUUCUCACAGGCGUCGUCGGGAAGCUUCAAUGUUCGGCACUACUCCCCAAUAACAAAACAGAAACUAUUAGCAUUCAUAGAAGUGGAAAGUUAUUCCAAUCAAUAGGACUACUCUAUCUUUUAUUUUCACGUGCUAACGCGCGAAAUAUGCAUCUGGAAACCUAAUCACUAAGUUAUCCUAUUAUGCAUUAUGUCGAUGACCUCCUAUCUUCGUCUAACUUGUUUCAUUUACAAAAGAAAUCACCAUUUUGGUGUUUUGUAUGUGAUUUCCUUCCUCGUGUUAAACUUUUUGUCAGUAUCAUUUGUCUCGCGUCAGUUCAAUUGAUUCUUGCCAUUAGGGAUUGUAAAGCAUUUCAUUGUUGUUUAACUCCGGAGUUAAAACUAUAAAUUCCCGUAUGAUUUGCAUUAAUUACGUUUACUUAUGUUAUCAUAAAUCAUGAAAGCUUAUGUUCAACUUCCUCUCGUAUUACUCUUUUUCAAAUCGACAUUUGGAUAAAUACACAUAAUCAUAGUUAUAUAUAUAUUUAUGAA